AUGAGCAGUCAAGCUUGCGAACCAUGUUCGAGGCGGAAGGUGCGAUGCGACAAACAACAUCCAUGCUCAAACUGCAAGCGGAGAAAGCAGGACCAAUGCACCUACCCCGAGGUACAUCCCAUUGACCGCAUCAAGAGAUUAGAAUCUCUUGUCAGAAGUCUCGGUGGAGAUCCGAACACUGAUGAGAGUCGUCCAUCAAAACGAGCAAGGACAGGCCUUUCUCCUGUUGAGUCGCAAGAUGCCCAAGAUGCUCGCGACACCACCGAGGCCGAACGCGGCCAGCCCAUCAUGCUUGAACAGAACGGGCAAUCAUAUUAUGUCGAACUGGAAGCCUGGCACUCCCAUAUCGGUCAAGAAGACAAUCAACAGAACGGACACAAUCAUGAUGUGUUGAUGAGUAGACCACUGAUCUCCAGAACAAAACCCGAUGCGCUGAAAGGUCUCAUGCGUACUGAUUACGCUAUAAAUCUCUCAUCCCAGCAUCCUUCCAUCGAGGACGCCAAUUUUCUGUGGGAUAGAUUUGAACGUAAUGCAAAUCCGUUGAUCAAGAUCGACUUUGAUUGGGCCCUCGAGCAAGUACGGUCCAAUGCGACGACCUUUGAGGGUCGAAUGCAACUCAAAGAUGAGGACCAUGCUUUUGUGUUCUGCAUCUAUUUGAUGAGUAUUGUCAGUAUACCUGAAGAAGAGUGUACAAGAGUCUUGCGUCAACCAAAGCAAGUUCUGCUCUCUCACUACCAGGCGAUUUGCGAGCAGGCAUUUUCGCGCAGCAAUAUCUUUUGCAUUACAGAUAUCAUCAUUAUCCGAGCAAUACUCCUGUACAUCGCCGCCUCCAUCGAGAGGUUGAGUAUUCAGAGUCUCUUCUCGCUCAUGGGUCUCACGAUACGCAACGCAGAGAAACUGGGUAUCCAUCGCGAUGGCGCUCUACUUGGAUUGAGUCCAGUAGAGACUGAGAGCCGUCGUCGACUGUGGUGGCACCUACAGCAUGUGGAUCUCGCUCUGGGUGUUCGUUGUGGAACCACACCACUCACACUGAUGGCCGCAUGGGACGCUCAGAUUCCACUCAAUAUCGACGAUAGCGAUAUUCAGCCCGGCAUGGCAGAACCCCCACCAGAGCGGAAAGGUCUGACUAGUCUAUCAUAUUGUCUAUGGACGUAUUGGAUCGUGUCACAGCAGCGAGACUUCUUCGAAGAGAACAAAGGUAAACUCGGUAUCUCGUGGGCGAGUAACAAGACUUUGUCUCACGCCAAGAAGAAUAUUCUUCUUGACAUCAUGGAAGAUGGUCUGAACAAGAAGUUUCUUCAGUAUUGCGACCCGAUAAAGCCGCUCGAUAUCAUGGUACAACUCACCUCUAGGGCAUUGAUCUGUACCAUGCGCAUGUUCACCUUACAUCCCAUGUCCUUCAGUGGCGGCGCAGACAUGACCGAUGCAGAGCGGCACUCUCAGCUAGUGGAUGCAGCGAUCAAGUCGUUGGAGUACAACAUUGCGCUCAAUUCUCGACCGGAGAUACAGCGUUUCCACUGGUUCAUCAAUGGAUACUUCCAGUGGCAUGCGUGUAAGUCUGUGGUCAACCAAUGGAGUAGCCACAUUGCUGACAAUCUUCANGUCAUCAGCGUUAUAGUCGAAGUCAUGCAGCUCAAAGGCUCGCCCAAAGCUCAACGCAUCUGGGAUUUGCUAUCCGAUCUGUACACAUACAACAAGAAUCUACUCGACCUUUCUGAGGAUCGAAGGAAACUUCAAGCAGCCGAGUUGAUCACCAGUGCUUGGAAAGCUCAUCAGACGGUUGCUCCUUCUGCUCCAAUUCCAUCGUGUGUCUCUGUACUGGGUUCUCUUCUCCAGGAGAGGCAUACAGAUGUGGCACAGACACAACCUGAGGUUGUUGGGCAGCCUUUAGAGCCUGUAAUGACGGAUGAGGAUCUUAAUGUCAUCCUUGGUCUCGAGUUUGAAGAUAUAGAUUGGGGUUUCUGGGCGGGCAUGGAAUAG